CCCGCCCACCUCCCCCUCCUCCCGGCCAGGGGUGUACAGCUGGCAAUUUGCAGACGGAGAAAGUGAAAGGCGGUAAUUGGCUGUUCGGUGGUCCUCUGAACCACAAAUUAACCCCCCAGUGAUUGAAGCAUGAAUUAGCGAAAGUGUGGAAUAUCUGCUGUCCCUCAAGAGCCGUUAGGCGUCGUAAAAGUCCCGAUAAUUAGACUGCACCACAUCGGCUGGAUCGGAGUCCACUGGCCGUCUCUUCUGGUGGGGAAAACAAUAAGCCUCCAGCCAUGCCCCCCACAGCCAGCGGCUGUCCCCGGCCACCCUCCCUGUUGGUGCUGUGGCUGUCCGCCUCCACCCUCGCCCAGACCACGCCCAGGACCAGGACCACGCCCACGCCGGUGACCACGCCCAGGACCAGGACCACGCCCACGCCCCCGCCGGUGACCACGCCCAGGACCAGGACCACGCCCACGCCCCCGCCGGUGACCACGCCCAGGACCACGCCCACGCCCCCGCCGGUGACCACUGCCCCCGGCCCCCACCCCGGCCAAGCCCUCCCCCUCGGCAGCCCACGGCGACCGCCUCAAGUUCCGCCUGGUGGGGUACCCCCGCAAGCACAACGAGGGGCGCAUCGAGGUCUUCUACCAGGGCGAGUGGGGCACCAUCUGUGACGACGACUUCUCCCUGGCCAACGCCCAGGUGCUGUGCCGCCAGCUGGGCUUCGUCUCCGCCACGGGGUGGGCCCACAGCGCCAAGUACGGCAAGG